AUGAUCUCUGUAUACUCUGUCCUGUACACUCUAGUGCUGUUCUCUGAGCUGAGCAGCCACUCGGCCACUGUAGCCGUGCCUGCAAACAAAGCAGAAGACGUCAUAACAGAGCAAGAAGGCCUGGGUUUGUUGCUGGAGGACGAGCCCGUGAUUGAGCCCGCUGUGGUCCCGCCUGUGUACUGGCGAAGCCAUGUGCUGGACAACAGUGCGAGGGAUGAAGAUGGAAACCAAGUCAUCUAUGUAAGUGACACAAGGCUGAAAAGACACCAUAUUGAUGGGCUGAACCCGGCCUUCACCCGGAGCCUUCGUCUGCUCACAGACCGAAGCUGGAGCAACACUCCGGCCGAGCACAGUCUGAAAUUUGAUCGCAGAAACACUGACCUCGACAUACUACGGUGUAUGAUAGGAAGGGUGUACCGGCCCUGCUGGAAAGAAUAA